GGCGGGCGGGGCGGGGCCGGCAAGUUUCUUUCCCGAGUUCGGAGCCCAGGAGUCCCCGAGGCUGUGGCGCAGGUGCCCUCCGCCUUGGUCGGGAUGGAGCUGCCCGCGGUGAACUUGAAGGCCAUCCUCCUGGUUCACUGGCUGCUGACGACCUGGGGCUGCAUCGUGUUCUCGGGCCCCUACACCUGGGCCAACUUCACCAUCCUGGCCUUGGGCGUGUGGGCCGUUGCUCAGCGGGACUCCAUCGACGCCAUAAGCAUGUUUCUGGGUGGCUUGGUGGCCACCAUCUUCCUGGACAUCGUCCACAUCAGCAUCUUCUACCCUCGGAAUGGCCUCACGGACACGGAGCGCUUUGGCGCUGGCAUGGCCAUCCUCAGCCUGCUCCUCAAGCCGUUCUCCUGCUGCCUCAUCUACCACAUGUACCGGGAGCGCGGGGGUUUCCUUGGACCUUCACAGGAGCACAGCGCCUAUCAGACAAUUGACUCGUCAGAGGCGCGCACGGAGCCCUUUGCCAGCCCAGAUGGCAGAGGUCACACCUCCCAAGGGUACUGAAGGCAGCCCCGCUGUCCUCGGCCCCAGCCCAGGAGCCUGUUAGAUAAACUGCGGGGAGGCCUGGGCUGCAUCGCCUUCCUUGUGCCUUGGAUGGCGUUCCAGGGGUGUACCUGACCCCGCUUUCUUGGACCUAACCUGGAAUGUUCUCUUCUGUUCCCCGUAUCGGCCGUUGCCUGACUCAAGUGCCCUGAGAGGCCAGGAGUCCCCGUCUACACCCGUCCCAAGCUCCCCGAAGCCUCCCCUCCCUUCCAGGUACCCCACUGGUCCUAGGCUGGGGACCCUGGUUGCUUUCCUCACCUGCACCCUUAGCUGCUCCAUGCAGGCCCCAGCCGAGCCACGCCUGAGC